AUGUCGCAAGUGCGAGAGGACGAGGAGAACAACAACAAUAUUGGUGAAAUUCCAAUGUCGCAAAUGCGACAGAACCCGAACAUUUUACGCGCGAGUGAACCCCUCAUCGUGCAAGAUUAUUACACGAAAUCACGGGAAAGGAAUAAAGGGAAAGUCGUGAACGAUCCGGUGCAUAAUCACAUGUAUUUUAGCGGGAAGUUGUGCGACGUGAUCGAUACGCCGCAGAUGCAAAGGCUGAGGGAGUUGAAGCAGUUAGGGACGGCGUAUUACGUUUUUCCGGGAGCUUCGCAUAAUAGGUUUGAACACUCGUUGGGGACGUCGCACUUGGCGAGCAACGUGUACGAGACUUUGACGAGGUCGACGCGAUCGUUGAAAUGGGACGCGGAGGAUAAGUUAUGCGUUCAAUUAGCCGGUUUGUGUCACGAUUUAGGCCAUGGGCCGUAUUCGCACGUGUUCGAUAACGAGUUUUUACCGCUGAGAUUAGGCAAAGCCGAGGCAAAGAAGUGGAGUCACGAGGACAUGUCGUGCGAUAUGUUCGAGUGGCUGGUCGAGGACAACGGCGUCGACUUAUCGCCUAGAAUUGUCCAAAAAGUGAAAGAUUUAAUCAGUUCGAACGAUUCUGGGUAUAAACAGAAUAAGUUUUUGUUCGACAUCGUGGCGAAUAAAAGAAACAGCGUGGACGUGGAUAAGUUUGAGUAUUUGAUGCGAGACUCGAAAAACACCGGCAUAUCCGCUUCGGUGGACAUGAACCGGUUGAUUUCGUUCAUGAAAGUCAUCGACGACGAGAUUUGUUUCAAAGCGAGCGAGGUAUACAACGUGUACAGAUUGUUUGAUAUGCGCGCAAAUAUGCACCACGUGGUGUACACGCAUAAAAAAGCGAAGGCGGUGGAGUAUAUGAUUGUAGACGCCAUGGUCGAAGCAGACGUUGGAUGGAACGGUCGAAUAUCGCACGCCAUUCGAGACCCGAAAGAGUUUAUUAAACUGGACGAUACGAUCGUGAAACAAAUCGAAUUUUCGAACGAACCAGAGUUACAAAAAGCGCGCGAUAUAAUUAAACGAUUACGAAAACGAGAUUUGUACGUUUUUGUCAACGAAUACACGGUCCCGGAGGAGUAUUUGAGCGAUUUCAAAGACGUCACGGAGGAAGAUAUCUCCACUUCGUACGAAUCCAAUAGCACUAGCAACACCAUACCGGGCGGCUUGAAACCUGAAAUGAUCAUCGUUCACAACGUCAAAAUCGAUUACUCCAUGAAAGACAAAGAUCCAGUCUCGAGAGUGAAAUUCUUCCAAGAAUUAACCGACGAAGAAUCCUUCCACAUCGACCGAUCGAAAGUCUCCUCCUUGUUGCCGACCAACUUUUUAGAACGCAAAGUCAGAGUGUACUCGAGAAUUCGCGACCACGACGUGGAAGAAGCCAUCGCGAAAGCUUUUUCCAAUUUCCAGAGGAAAAUGUACGGCGGAUGUGAAAUCCAAGCGACGCCGUCGAGAUCCCGGAAGAAGCGAGGCCAUUCGCUCGGUCACGAAAGCCAGAGAGAACGAGGUACCGCGACGACGCCAAACGGGACCCAGCGUUCGGCGCAUACGGAUGUAUAA